UGCGCGGAUCGUCAUAAGAGACGACUCGCGUGGAAAAGUAGGCUAUCCACGCUUCUUGAUAGCAUCUGCCCUCAAAACUGCAAGGCUCGGGCCCUAGAGCGAGAGCUGCAGGCACCGUGCAGUGUGCAGCAAGCAGCACGCCACCGCCGCGAGGCAAAAAGCGAGAGCUGCAGGCACCGUGCAGUGUGCAGCAAGCAGCACGCCACCGCCGCGAGGCAAAAAAUGGCCAAGAAGAAGAAAGGCCCCGUGCCCCCCGACGAGGCCGCGCGCCGCGCGAAGCAGCGCGAGGCCCAGGCCGCCGCGCGCAAGCGCCAGGCCGAGGGCGCGCCCACCAAAAAACAGCGCAAGAAGCACAAGAAAGAAGGCACGACCUACGAGAAACCCACGAAAAGCGCUGAUGGAAGCGGCGCCGCCUGGCGCCGACGCGAGUUCAAAGAUAAAGGAAGGAACGACUUUAAUAAACAGCGAAAUGCAAGAGACGCGGAAGCCGCGAGUCGACGGGCCCACGACGUCGUGAUAGUGCCCAUCUUCUGGCGGCAGCGGCCGGGCGAAGAAGCGGCGGUGGUCGGCGAGGCCGAGCGCAUCAAGCGGCUGUUGGCUGCCGCCAAGCUCGACAUCUGGGUCGACCGGACCCACACAAAGUCGCCGGGCCAGAAACUGGCCUUCUGGGAGGAGGUCGGCGUGAAGUGGCGCAUUGAAUUGGGUCCCGAUGACGUCCGCAAGAAGAAAUGUGUCGUGUCGCGGGCGGGGGAGGGCCGGUCCUCGGCUGAAGCCGCGCUCAAAAUCCGCGACGUGUCGUCGGUGACGCGGGGCGAUUUACUGAGGGCGCUGCGCGACCGCUUGAAUUGCGCGAAGGUGCCUUUGUUGGACGUCGACGAUGCAUUGGACGCAGAGCACGCCAAAGAAGCGGACGCGGCGCUGCGGAAGUGGCGCGAGGCCGCCGGCGCUUUACCGGCGCCCGUGCGCCCGCGGCCCAAACAACAAAAGCUCAAGAUCGAUAUAGAUAGGAAGGCC